AUGGAGCUUAUACCGAUAACAUCAGAUAGAAUUGAAGAAAUUGCUGAAAGUUCUUGUGCUUCUCAGAAAUCAAGAAAAAGAGUGAGGAGAAAGCUGAAAGAAUCUCCACCAUGUAAAAUACUUAGGCAUGAUGCGUUGCCUGAGGAAAAAGUUGAAUUCACUGCUGUUAGAUCAUGUUCAAAGAGAUAUGGGCUGAAAUGCAUCAUAGACAAAUGUGGUUGGAAUGUACGUGCUACCAGAAUAAAAAGUUCCACACUAUUCAGGGUGAUAAAAUAUCAUAACAUCCAUGAAUGCUCGGUUGAUGCAAGAAAAUCAGAUCAGAAGCAUGUUACAUCAAAUUUUAUAAGUGAACAAAUUGUAGAACAUGUUCAAGACAAAAAGAUAGAGGUUACACCAGCCUUUGUAGAAAAUGAAAUGAAAAAGAAAUUUGGAAUCGACAUUGGUUAUCACAAGGUAUGGCGUGCUGUUCAAAAAGCUGUUGCUUGCAUAAGGGGAACACUUAAAGAGAACUACCAAAUUCUUCCUUCAUACCUACACAUGAUGGUGUGCAAAAAUCCAGGAACGUACACAAGCAUAAAAAGAGAUGUGCAGAAUAGACCCGUUAUUGCAGUAGAUGCAACGUUUUUAAAGUCCAAAUAUCAUGGUGUUCUAUUUGUUGCUGUAUCAAAGGAUGCAAACAAUCAAAUCUUUCCUCUAUGUUUUAGUGUAGUAGAAUCAGAAAACAAUGAGGCAUACAUUUGGUUCUUCGGGGAAAUGAGAAAAGCAAUUCAAAUCUGUCGUGAAUUGGUUUUCUUGUCAGAUAGAAACCAAUCAAUUGCAAAUGGGAUUAGAAAAGUUUUUCCUGAAGCUCACCAUAGUAUCUGCCUCUAUCACUUUGAGAAAAAUUUAAAGCAAAGACAUGCAAAAGCCACGGUAAUAAAUCUUUUUCCAAGUGCUGCAAGGUCAUACAAACGUGAAGAUUUUAAUCAUGUCCCAACUCAAAAGUAUUGA